GCCUUUAUGUGGGCGCCGGGCCCCGCCCCUCGGCCUCCCGCGCGCGCCGGGUCGGGCGAGACCAUCGGGCCACGCCGCAGGGGUCCACUCAGCUGCGCGCGCCUCGCGAGCCGACUGGGGCUAGGGCGAGGCCUCGGGACCGCGGGCAGCCGCGAAGCCCGACUGCCCGGCCCUCGGCUCGGGAGCCAGAUGGACGCCGUGGGCUGAGGAGAGGCCUGAGGAAAAGGUUGCCCCCACCCGCGGGAUUGAGGCGGCCGGGCCGCCGCGGGCCUCUGCGACGCUGAUAGGUCGCGCCUUGGCGGGCGGGGGCAGCUUUGGCGGGAGAUUCGGCCGCGCGCGACGCGGCGCAGGUCGUGGGGGAAGGGUAAGCGGCACGUUUCUCGGCCUGGGUCGUGGCGCAUCUCCCAUUGGUCCCGGCCUGGGUGGAGCGCGGCUCUGCUUGGUUCCUGCCCAGGUGGGGGCGUUUCUCCUCCCUGGCGGGAACCCGGAACCCGGAAGGCGCGGCCUGUGGCGGGUACUGACUGCUUCCCACGGUCCCGUGGCCGCUGCAGGCCCCGUACGCGCCGUCUAUUGUUUUGAGCCGCUUAAAGUUUUGGAGUAACCUUUUAGGUAGCAAUAGUUGACAACUACACUGAGUCUUUCCGGUCCCACUGCCCUGGCCGUUGGCCGCACACCGGCCACCGACUGAGCCGCUAGUUUCGGUUGCCGCUGCCUCCCUGCCCGUCCAUGACGUCCUCCACUGUGUCGCCGGUGCAUGACGCUCCCACCCUCUGCCUGGAGUUGACUGGGCUUGUAUCCUGAAGAAUCCCUGGCUCAGCAGAAUGAGUCUGCAGGUCUUAAACGACAAAAAUGUCAGCAAUGAAAAAAAUACAGAAAAUUGUGACUUCCUGUUUUCGCCACCAGAAGUUACCGGAAGAUCGUCUGUUCUUCGUGUGUCACAGAAGGAAAAUGUGCCACCCAAGAACCUGGCCAAAGCUAUGAAGGUGACUUUUCAGACACCUCUGCGGGAUCCACAGACGCACAGGAUUCUAAGUCCUAGCAUGGCCAGCAAACUUGAGGCUCCUUUCACUCAGGAUGACACCCUUGGACUGGAAAACUCACACCUGGUCUGGACACAGAAAGAGAACCAACAGCUCAUCAAGGAAGUGGAGGCCGAAACUACUCAUGGAAUUCUACAGAAACCAGUGGAGGCUGACACCGACCUCCUGGGGGAUGCAAGCCCAGCCUUUGGGAGUGGCAGCUCCAGCAAGUCUGGCCCGGGUGCCCUGGCUGACCUGGACUGCUCAAGCUCUUCCCAGAGCCCAGGAAGUUCUGAGAACCAAAUGGUGUCUCCAGGAAAAGUGUCUGGCAGCCCUGAGCAAGCCGUGGAGGAAAACCUUAGUUCCUAUUCCUUAGACAGAAGAGUGACACCCACCUCUGAGACCCUAGAAGACCCUUGCAGGACAGAGUCCCAGCACAAAGCGGAGACUCCACACGGAGCCGAGGAAGAAUGCCGGCACGGUGGGGUCUGUGCUCCCACAGCAGUGGCCACUUCGCCUCCUGGUGCAAUCCCUAAGGAAGCCUGCGGAGGAGCACCCCUGCAGGGUCUGCCUGGCGAAGCCCUGGCCUGCCCUGCGGGUGUGGGCACCUCCGUGCCAGCAGAUGGCACUCAGACCCUUACCUGUGCACACACCUCUGCUCCUGAGAGCACAGCCCCAACCAACCACCUGGUGGCUGGCAGGGCCAUGACCCUGAGUCCUCAGGAAGAAGUGGCCGCGGGCCAAAUGGCCAGCUCCUGGAGGAGCAGACCCGUAAAACUAGAAUUUGAUUUAUCUGAUGGCGCCACCAGCAAAAGGGCACCCCCACCAAGGAGACUAGGAGAGAGGUCCGGCCUCAAGCCUCCCUUGAGGAAAGCAGCAGCGAGGCAGCAAAAGGCCCCGCAGGAGGUGGAGGAGGACGACGGUAGGAGCGGAGCGGGAGAGGACCCCCCCAUGCCGGCUUCUCAGGGCUCUUACCACCUCGACUGGGACAAAAUGGAUGACCCAAACUUCAGCCCAUUUGGAGGUGACACCAAGUCUGGUUGCAGAGAGGUCCAUCCCCCAGAAAGCCCUGAGACCAGGCUGGGCCAGCCAGCGGCUGAACAGCUGAGUGCUGGGCCUGCCACGGAGGAGCCAGGUCCCUGUCUGAGUCAGCAGCUGCAUUCAGCCUCAGCGGAGGACACGCCUGUGGUGCAGUUGGCAACCAAGACCCCAACAGCAGAGAGCAAGGAGAGAGCCUUGAACUCUGCCAGCACCUCGCUUCCCACAAGCUGUCCAGGCAGUGAGCCAGUGCCCACCCAUCAGCAGGGGCAGCCUGCCUUGGAGCUGAAAGAGGAGAGCUUCAGAGACCCCGCUGAGGUUCUAGGCACAGGCGCGGAGGUGGAUUACCUGGAGCAGUUUGGAACUUCCUCGUUUAAGGAGUCAGCCUUGAGGAAGCAGUCCUUAUACCUCAAGUUCGACCCCCUCCUGAGGGACAGUCCUCGUAGACCAGUGCCCGUGGCCACCGAGACCAGCAGCAUGCACGGUGCAAAUGAGACUCCCUCAGGACGUCCGCGGGAAGCCAAGCUUGUGGAGUUUGAUUUCUUGGGAGCACUGGACAUUCCUGUGCCAGGCCCAUCCCCAGGUGUCCCCGCACCUGGGGGCCCACCCCUGUCCACCGGACCUAUAGUGGACCUGCUCCAGUACAGCCAGAAGGACCUGGAUGCAGUGGUAAAGGCGACACAGGAGGAGAACCGGGAGCUGAGGAGCAGGUGUGAGGAGCUUCACGGGAAGAACCUGGAACUGGGGAAAAUCAUGGACAGGUUCGAAGAGGUUGUGUACCAGGCCAUGGAGGAAGUUCAGAAGCAGAAGGAACUUUCCAAAGCUGAAAUCCAGAAAGUUCUAAAAGAAAAAGACCAACUUACCACAGAUCUGAACUCCAUGGAGAAGUCCUUCUCCGACCUCUUCAAGCGUUUUGAGAAACAGAAAGAGGUGAUCGAGGGCUACCGCAAGAACGAAGAGUCACUGAAGAAGUGCGUGGAGGAUUACCUGGCGAGGAUCACCCAGGAAGGCCAGAGGUACCAAGCCCUGAAGGCCCACGCGGAGGAGAAGCUGCAGCUGGCAAACGAGGAGAUCGCCCAGGUCCGGAGCAAGGCCCAGGCGGAAGCGUUGGCCCUCCAGGCCAGCCUGAGGAAGGAGCAGAUGCGGAUCCAGUCGCUGGAGAAGACAGUGGAGCAGAAGACUAAAGAGAACGAGGAGCUGACCAGGAUCUGCGACGACCUCAUCUCCAAGAUGGAGAAGAUCUGACCUCCCCGGAGCCGCUGUCCCCACCCCCCUGCUCCCGUCCGUCCGUCCUGUCUGAUUCUCUUAGGUGUCAUGUUCUUUUUUCUGUCUUGUCUUCAACUUUUUUUAAAACUAGAUUGCUUUGAAAACAUGACGAAAUAAAAGUUUCCUUUCAAUUUAAA